CACCAUCUAUGUCUUCUGGAGCUUCGCGACUACCAAAGAGAACGCCUUUAUUUUGGAGCAUUAUCCGAGAGCCUUCAGGAACAGUCCCUACGGUCUUAAGCAAAAGCAGCUGGUGCCGGUCUUCUACGCUGUCCUACUCCUUCCUGUUCGUGAGCUUCACCUUCGGCUGGGAGGUGGCGCUGGCGUUCGUGGCGCAACACGCAGCGUUCUACGUCACGGCCACGCUGCACAGCACAGCACUCUGCUACGUGGUCGCCCUCGUGAUCCACUGCCUGAAGUUCUUUAUCACGUUUGAUCCAUUCGUCUACCUGUAUCCCAAGUACGGCCUGAUGCCCUACAGGGCCGCAUUCGUCGCCUUUCACUGGAACAUCCUGCGUGGCCUCAGCUUCAGCGUGGACUGCGUUCAAGCCGAGCAGCGCAAGAACACUGGGGACAACAAGCGCAGGUGGCCGCCCUACUGGAAGACGUUGGGAUACCUGUUGUACAUGCCAAUGGUCUACAUGGGACCGCCGCAGAAGUACAACGACUUUAUAGAGCAGUCGGAGAAGCCGAAGCCAAGCUGCACGCCGCGCGAGAUCACCAUCGCCGUUGCGAGGAUUCUGCGGCAUGGCGGCCACUUCCUCCUGAUGGAAAUCAUGGCCCACUUCUUCUACAGUUCAGCGAUGGCCGAGUGGGCUUGGAUGGGCGAAAGACUGGACUACGCCAGCCUUCUCGGCUACGCUCUCUCCCUGGAAUUCAACUACUACGUCACCUACUUGUUCAACUACGGCUUCCCAGGCGCCCUGGCCAAGGCCGAAGGCAUCGAGAUCCCGGGCACCGCCCCCUGCAUAGCCAGAUUGCAUCGGUGCUCGCAGUUUUGGAGAUACUUCGACCGUGGCAUGCACUUGUUUAUUCGAAGGUACGUGUACGAGCCCGUGCUAGGUGGCAAACGGACCGCCUUCCGUUUGGUGGUGAGCACGGCGAUUGCCUUCACCUUCACCAGCACCUGGCACAGCUUCUACUCGCACAACCUCGUCUGGUGCGCCCUCAGUGCACUCGGUAUCUGCCUCGAAGUCAUCACCAUCGAGAUCAGGAAGUGGGCACCCAUCAAGAAGUUUGAGGGCCGCUACCUCGCGUCACCUGAGCGCAUGCGAAUGGCCAAGUGCUUGUUGGGCUCUCCGCACUUCCUGCUCACAAUGUGCGCCUGCAUCUUCCACUUGGCGGAAGCGGACGUGUGCUUCGUCAUCGUGAGAAGAAUCGUAACCGGUUUUCCUUUUCCCAUCGUUCCCGUCUUGGUGGCCGUCUACAGUGGCUGCCAUGUUGCCCUGGACGUGGCUGAGUGGGAAGCAUCGGCUAAGCAGAAACGUGCCUCACCGUGAACAGCCCUACCAAAGAAAUUUGCGCAACGAUCCCGAAUUUAAACUUUCUUUUUUUUUUCGACAGCGGAGCUGCUUACGCUUUUCGUUCCGCUAGUUCGCAUGACCAGCAGAAAGCGGGUAUGUGCCAAGCAGCUCCUAGCAUAGCAUAUUCAUGCAUAGUAUAGUGUAUCAAGGUGGUGGGAAAGGGAAGCGAGGUGAGGAGGAGCGAAAGGAGAAGGGAAUAGGGUGAAGCAUACCAUUGUCAUGUAUAGUAUAGUAUGUAUAGUAAGGGGGUGGGAAGGGAGGUGAGGGUGAGGUGGAGUCAUAUGAGGGUGAAAAGGAGGGGAGAUGGGAAAGCAUAGCAUAGUCUUGUAUAGUACAGUUCCGCAAGGGUUGAGAAAGCGAAGUAAGGAUGAGGAGGAGAGAAAGGAUGGGGGAACGCCACCAGCUCCUCCGUUUCGUCAGUCUUCGCAGCACUUGUGAUUUUUUUCAUAUUUUAACUCUAGAGUUUUUUUUUUUCUUUUUAUACUUGACUCAUUGUGAAACUAUAUAUGAGUGCUGAAUGGCGGUGUUCUCGUGCUGAGCUUGCGUCUUGCUGCACGCGUCUUCUUUGUAGCGUGCCCGCGCUUCGUUUUGAAAAAAAAAUUAUGAUGAUUUCAACGUAACCUGAGAGGAGGAAACCGGGCGGGGCAAGUGGCUGCAUAUAUCGCUAGACUAGAUCCGCCUGCCGCCUACAACGUCCUCCUUCUCCUCCUCCGUGAUGAGUUGGCAGGGUGCUCACGUCCGGCGUCGUAUAGUACAAAGAAGGCAACAGUGAUGCCGGUGCAGCGUACAGGAAUCAGCGUAAGGGAACAUGUAAGCGUUACAAAGCAUUUGCACGUGAUGUGAACCGACCAGACAAAUUUUCUACCCAGAUCUCUGAAGGUUUCUGGAAGGUGAGUGGCUAUAGGACGUCCGAAAUAUGUGGGAAGUUCCCUUUCUGUAUUGCUCCGCUGCCUCUAAUGUAUGUUGCAAGGAAGGCGCAAGUUUGGACAUCACGGAGGAGAGACAACAAGACGAAAUGCUUCACCAACAAGCCCCUCAAGAAGUGCUUCUAAUGUAUGAUUUGCUCACAGUUGCAAAUCCUGUAUGUUGUUUUUGUGUCUGAAAUACAAUGAUUUUGUCAUAAGUU